CAUAUGGUCAACGCUUCGUCCCUUCUUUUUCCCCUUCAACGGACGGACGCACAUGCGGUGAGAGGGGGACUGAAGCUUCUUGCGACAACCCGACUCAAUCAAUACCUUUGUCUGCCUUCGACGAUUCAUUCAUUAGCUUCUUCGCCAUAGCUACACUGCUUGAAUUCGUUCAGUUACUUGUCUAUUGCUUCGUCUUUCUAUUGUUGGUUUCAAUCUUCGAUAUUCAGUUUUAGGGUUCCGAUUUGGAUUGGUUACGAUUGUAGUGAACUAGUGAUAUUCAUUAUGGAGAUACAAAUGUCUGGAAAGCCUAUAGAUUCGUUGUUGGAGAAGGUGCUGUGUAUGAACAUUCUGUCCUCUGAUUAUUUCAAAGAGCUGUACCGGCUGAAGACUUACCAUGAAGUGAUUGAUGAAAUCUACAAUCAAGUCGACCAUGUCGAGCCAUGGAUGACCGGGAAUUGCCGUGGCCCUUCCACUGCAUUCUGCCUUCUGUACAAGUUUUUCACUAUGAAGCUCACCGUUAAACAAAUGCACGGUCUGUUGAAGCACGCGGAUUCUCCUUACAUCAGGGCGAUUGGAUUUCUCUACUUGAGAUAUGCUGCUGAUCCAAAGACACUGUGGAAUUGGUUUGAACCAUAUGUUAAAGAUGAAGAGGAAUUCUCUCCUGGAUCUAGUGGACGAAUGACUACGAUGGGAACAUAUGUGCGUGAUCUGCUUCUGGGACAGUAUUACUUUGACACACUCUUUCCUCGCAUCCCUGUUCCUGUAAUGCGUCAGGUUGUAUCUAAUCUUGAAAAGAUGAAGCUUCCUAGCAAGCAUGCUGGUGUGACAGGAGAUACCACCCGUCAUGGAUCUGAGGAGACUGCUCGCCGGCCACCUUCCGUAAAGGCUGCGCUUUCAGUUUCUUUUGGUCAACGUGCUCCACAUCGUGCAUCAACCAGGGACUCAUCACCUGUUCGUCGUACCCUACCGCCACCUUCUUAUCACAGAUCCGGUGGUGAUGAUGGACGAAGAUCUCCUAGCCGUAGAAGCCAGAGUGUUGAUAACUCUGACAAAGAAUACUUAGAUAGAAACCAGGGUCGAGACAGAGACCAGGACCGAGACAGGGGAAGGGAGAGAGACAGGGACCGGGAUCGAGAUCGUGAAAGGAACAAGGGCAGAGAUCGGGAUCAUGAACGAGACAGGGAGCGGAGGCAUGAUUAUGAUGGGAAAUAUAAGUAUUCUGACAGAGAAUAUGGAAGGGAUGAUGAAAAAAGCAGCCAUUAUAGAAGCAGCCAUUAUAAAGAAACUAGUUCUCAUAGAAGCCGUAGCAGGAGCAGGAGCCGGAGCAGGAGCAGGAGCAGAAGUAGAAGCUUGCAAGCUAGUGUUGCGCACUUUGGUUCUCGUUCAAGUCCACAGAGAGAUGGAAACAAGGAGAAAACAGAUGCAUCUAGCAAGCUGGCAAAGCUUAAAGAUAUUUAUGGUGAUGUGGGAGAACAACAGAGAGGAGAUGGUGGCAUGGAAAGGGUUCCUAGAAGAGACAGCAGUGAAGAGGUGAUCAGACUUGGUGGUUCUACAUGGAAGUAAUAUAAAGGAGGUUGCUGGUGGCUCUCAUCAAGACGUGUCCUUGCCUCCAAGCCAACCAGACACUUCUGUUAUAUGUGGAUAAGUGCUUUGAAUCUGUGAAAUCCAGUAACGAAAAAUAGUCAUAAGGUGUUUAAUUGAGAUGUAGUUUCAACACAGCAUAUUUGCUUCCAUUACCAGAAUAACAUGUAGAGUGUUGACUGAAAGCUGAAUUUUAUGACAAUAUACAGCAUGUAGAGCCAAUAAAGAUAUGAAUUGGACUUCUGUAAUAAGUUCAUAGAUAAUGCAUCUCCAUGAGUAGAUCAGACAA